GCAAGAAGAAAGACAGCAACAGCACAAGACCUCUUGUAUGCAGGAGGGAGUGAGCCUUCAUCGCUGCUUCCAUUAAAAGAAGUUGCAAAUGAAACAAAGGAAAUUGUAACCUUAUCUCCUGGCACAGUGAUGCCGUCAUUUGCGGUCACAUUACUCAAGAUAUCAGAGUUCAGGGCUGACGUGCCUCCGCUCAAUGUUGGGGCUAAUGCUGGCAGCACUGAGAGUGUUGGGGAUGCCACCGAAGGGAAAUCACCUGUCAGUGAUGGGGAUGACAAGUUGCUGAUGCCACCUUCUCGUUUGCCAUUGAAGCAGAGAUCUGUUAUUUCCAGGGAUGCAAAUUCCAGACUGUCCCCCACUCCUCGUAGAAAAGAUCUACCUCAGAGGGAACCAUCUCCAAUACUUAGUAGGAGGAGCUUCAGCAGGUCUAUUUCACUAGGAGACACGGCAUCAGACACCACACCCCCAGCCUCACCCACAACUGUGAGGAGAUCCAUGACCAGGAGCACAGAUGAGAAUGUAUUCUCCAGGCUUACCAGCAACCCUGCAAGCUCUUUGGCCAAUCCUGACAGGGGUAGUAUCAUGCCUUCAUGGAACCGACAGUCUGGAACAGGGAAAUCUCUCCUUACUUGUACCCACACAGCAGAAGGCCACACCAAGUCAGUUCUCUCAGUUUUUGCCACUGACCAUCUGCUUUUCACUGGGAGCAAAGACCGUACUGCAAAAGUUUGGGAUCUUGGGACUGGGAAAGAGCUGAUGUCAUUUUCAGGACAUCCAAAUAAUGUUCAUAAAGUGACUUACUGCAGCCAGACACAGCUUGUGCUCACAGUGUCACACUCAUCCAUCAGAAUAUGGGACAUGAGGAACAGUUCUGAGCCUUGUAUCAAAACUCUGAGUUCUUCAGGUCUAUCAACAAGUGGUUCUGCAGCUUUUACUGUGAGCAAGCAUACAGACUCUUUGUUCCGGGAUCACCAGAUUAAUGAUAUUCAGCUGUCUCCUGAUGGCAACACAUUGUUUUGUGGGGCUGGCAAUGUUGUUCAGAUCUGGGAUUUGAGGAGAUUUAGCCUGGCUGGGCGGCUGAGUGGUCACCAAGCUCCGGUCAUGGCUCUGGCCCUCAGCUGUGAGGGAGAGCACAGUAUGGUCAUUUCAGGUUCCAAGGAUCACUAUAUAAAGAUUUUUGAAGUCAUUGAAGAUGCUGCGGGAAUCAUCUCUCCAAAAUACAACCUAGAGCCUCCCCACUAUGACGGUAUUCAGAGCUUGGCUUUGAGAGGAAAUGUUCUCUUCUCAGGAUCCAGGGACAUGUGCAUUAAAAAAUGGGACUUGACAUCAGCACAACUUAGACAUUCCAUCAAUGCAGCUCACAAAGACUGGGUAUGUGCUCUGGACUUUCUACCUGGCUCCAACAUUUUGCUGAGUGGUUGUCGGGGUGGCUUCCUGAAGUUGUGGCAGCCAGAUACAUGUGUUAGUCUGGGUGAGAUCCGAGCCCAUUCUUCUGCUAUCAAUGCAAUUGCCACAAACUCAACAUCCAUAUUCACUGCCUCCAA